AAUUUGAUAAAUUUGAAGAUAUCUUAGUCAACAACUAUGCUCUUAGAGACAAUAAUUAUGACUCUGAAAGUAAUAACUUUGAAAAUGAUAACAAUAGUGACGAAGAUCUUGAGAACAGCGAAGAUAAUCUUGAAAACAGCAAUGAUAACUUUGAAGAUAGUAACAAAGAUCUUGAAGACAGCAAUAAGGAUUUUGAAGACAGUGAUGAUCUUGAAGAUAGUAAUGAUGAACUUGAUGAUUUUUUACUCAACAAUGAUAAUUCCCCUACUCAAACAAUAGCGGAUAGGCCUGCAAUUUUUAAGCUAUAUAAAG